ACAGAGACUUUUUGUAGCUUCUCUAAAAAGAGUUUUUUUUGAUUAUUUUUUGGGUGUAAAGUUUAAAAGUGUUUAGCAAAAUAACAGCCAGCAAAAUCAGCAGCCACAACAACAACAACAAAAUGGAAGCUGACAACAAAAAGCCUUUUAAAGUCAAGGACAUAACGCGCAAUAUAAAAAAAGCUGUUGUGGCUGGUUCCUUAGAAGAGAUACGCUCAAAAGUGGCCGAGAAAUUUGAAAAGAUCGAUCAAAUACCCACAAUACAUUUGGACUCGGAUGGCACGGAAAUCGAUGAUGAGGAAUACUUUCGUACUUUGGAUGCCAACACUGAAUUGAUAGCGGUGUUUCCGGGUGAACAUUGGAUUGAUCCCUCCCACUAUGUCACCAUUACCACACCGCACGACCAAACCGAUGCUGCCGACAAGGCUGAGAAAACGGCUCGCAUUAAACAACUGGUGGGUCAGCUGCAAAAUAAUCUUUGCAAUGUUUCGGUGAUGAGUGAUCCCGAUUUGGACUCGUUGUCGAAUAUGGAUCCGAAUUCAUUGGUGGAUAUAACGGGCAAAGAUUUUAUGGAACAGCUUAAGGAUUCAGGCAGACCACUGUGUGCAAAGCGAACCGCUGAGGACAGAAUUAACCUGUUAAAGCUUUUAAAAGAUGGAGCCAUAUUCUGUUCCGAACGCUAUCCCGAGGAUGCCGAAGCCAUUGAUGCUGAAAUACGAAGGCAAUUGAAUGAUGAAAUACACAAUCACAACAACAUGCAGCAGCAGCAGCAGCAACAACAACAGCAAACCAACAAUACGAAGACAAUCGAACAAGUGCAAACAAACACUGACAACAAACAACAAUACCAGGAGCAAACAAUAACAAUUGUUGUUACCGAUACCAAUUUACAGAACGACAACAACACAACAACAACAACAACUACCGCAACAAAUACAGGAAACACAAAAACCCCAGACAUAUGACUACCGAUUUUUGCAAGUAUCACUUGAAAUUUACAAAAUAACACACGUUUAUUUAAAGAAAAGGGUUAAAUUCAAUAGAUUUUUCCUUCAUUUUAUUUCUUUUCUAUUUUAUUCUGAUUGAGGUAUGAUUAUUAUGAAUUGAUGAUUGAAGGUAUGAUGUUAAUUUUUUUAUUUUUUUAUUUUUCAUUUGAUUUUAUAGCAAAUCUAACGAAUUAAUAUAAUUGAAAAACAAAAAUAUAUGAAAACAAAAUAUUACAAUUAAAAAUAAAGUAAAAA